UCUUACUGGGCUCUUUUCUUCUCUAGAGUUACCUCGAGCCCCGGGACUCUGGCUUUGAUUGAUUUUUUCUCUAUUGAGUUUCCUGUGGCUAUCUUCUGAGGCGGCUAAAAGUUGCACACUGGAUGAUAUCACCCCUCCAACAAAUGACAGCCCAGUUACCAGCACAGCAGGACACCAUUUCUAACUUUUUGGGGGAUAUUUUAGGAUCCCAUUUUUUGUUUUUCCUCACGUUAUUCAACAUUUCACAAAAGGACAUUCUUAUAGUAGCAUAACGCCAGGUUAGGAGCCCGUCCUAGUCCCUGGCUCUAUGCUGUUUUCGGAGCCCGACAGGUUUGUCUGGGCCCUGUGGCCGGACCUUAAACAGCCCCGCCUACAAAACAAAUGGAGAACAGCGGCUGCAUCCCUCUCUGCUGGAGCAAGGGGGCCUGCAUCUACGCACAGCACCCCUUGCCAAAAUAUGACGGCAAGUUAGCCCCUGCCGGAGCAUCUGAGUCAGGCAUGGCGUCGUCUUCCUACCUGGAACCAAACCUCAAUCACUCGGCAGCGAGUGGCUGUGGGGUUAAAUCCCGGUCUGGGAUGCCUGGAGGUACGGGUGUUGGUACCAGCGGCCCGGCUGCAGGCCUUGAGCGGCCCACAGCCUCCAUGGACCGGGUUCUGAAGAUCUUCCAUUAUUUUGAAACAAACAGCGAACCGUGCACCUGGGCUAGUAAUAUCAGGCAUGGAGAUGCUACAGACGUCCGGGGUGUUAUCCAGAAGAUAGCAGAGAUCCACAAAUUGCGCUGUGUGUCCUCUCUGGGCCUCCGUCUCAGCCAUCUGCACUCUGAUGCUCUCCAUUGGUUACACCCUGAUUUAGGCGUGUGUCACGUCAGGGAGAAAUAUGAGAAACAGCACCCCCAGGAGGAGUGGAGGUAUGAGUUGCGGAUGCGGUACCUUCCUAAAGGUUACCUCAGUCAUUUCUCGGAAGACAAACCCUCUCUUAACUACCUCUAUCACCAGGUAAAAAGUGACUACAUGCACCAUAUAGCUGAUCAGGUGGAUCAAGAUGUAGCUCUAAAACUGGGCUGCUUGGAAAUUAGGAGGUUCUUCAGAGAGAUGCCAGGCAACGCCCUAGACAAGAAAUCCAAUUAUGAACUACUAGAGAAAGACGUUGGCUUAAGAAGGUUCUUCCCCAAAAGCCUGUUGGACUCCCUAAAGGCGAAGACUCUUCGUAAGCAGAUCCAACAAACCUUUAAGCAGUUUGCUAACCUCAACGAUGAGCAGAGCAUCCACAAGUUCUUUGAGAUACUCUCUCCCAUCUACCGCUUCGACAAGGAGUGCUUCAAAUGUGCUUUGGGGUCUAGUUGGGUAAUAUCGGUAGAGUUAGCUAUCGGACCAGAAGAAGGAAUCAGCUACCUCACAGAUAAGGGCUCAAUGCAGCCAACACAUUUAGCUAACUUCAACCAGGUGCAGUCCAUCCAGUACUCUCCUUUGGAAGAGAAGGACAGGAAAGGCAUGUUGCAGCUCAACGUAGCAGGAGCGCCAGAGCCCCUCACAGUCACAACGGCAUCGCUGACUACGGCAGAAAACAUGGCUGACUUGAUUGACGGCUACUGUCGGCUCGUCUCCUUAACUUCUCACUCUUUCAUCGUCAGAGUCCACAAAGAGGGGGACAGAGCCCUGCCAUCCAUCCCCAAAGUUUCAAAUCAUGAGAGGCGGAUGGAAAAGCGGAUGGAAGGAGUACGGACCCGAGCUGUUUGUGUCUCAGAAACGGACGACUAUGCUGAAAUCAUAGAUGAAGAGGACACCUAUACCAUGCCUUCAACAAGGGACUAUGAGAUUCAGCGAGAUCGUAUUGAGUUGGGACGCUGCAUAGGAGAGGGUCAGUUUGGAGACGUCCAUCAAGGAGUCUACAACAGCCCGGAGAACCCGGCCCUCUCUGUGGCCGUGAAGACGUGUAAGAACUCAACGUCGGACAGCGUCAGGGAAAAGUUUCUCCAAGAAGCAUUGACCAUGCGUCAGUUUGACCACCCGCACAUCGUGAAGCUGGUGGGAGUCAUCACAGAGAAUCCAGUGUGGAUCAUCAUGGAGCUCUGCACACUCGGAGAGUUGCGGUCCUUCCUCCAGGUGAGGAAGUACAGUCUGGACUUGGCCUCUCUCAUCUUAUACUCAUCCCAGCUCAGCACGGCACUGGCAUAUCUGGAGAGCAAGCGCUUUGUACACAGGGACAUCGCAGCACGGAACGUAUUGGUGUCCACAGCCGACUGUGUAAAACUGGGGGACUUUGGUUUGUCUCGAUACAUGGAAGAUAGCUCUUAUUAUAAAGCUUCUAAAGGUAAACUACCUAUUAAAUGGAUGGCUCCUGAAUCCAUCAACUUCAGGCGAUUUACCACAGCCAGUGACGUCUGGAUGUUUGGCGUCUGUAUGUGGGAGAUCCUCAUGUUCGGCAUCAAGCCUUUCCAAGGUGUGAAGAACAACGACGUCAUCGGCAGGAUAGAGAACGGCGAGCGCCUGGCGAUGCCCCCUCAGUGCCCUCCUACUCUGUACAGCUUGAUGACAAAGUGUUGGUCGUAUGAUCCCAGCAAGAGGCCACGCUUCACUGAACUCAAAACACAACUGAGCACUAUACUAGAGGAGGAGAAGCUCCAGCAGAAGGAGAGGAGCAGGAUGGAGAUGAGGAGGCAGGUCACUGUAUCUUGGGACUCCGGAGGGUCUGAUGAAGCACCACCAAAACCUAGCAGACCAGGAUAUCCUAGUCCUCGCUCCAGUGAAGGUUUUUAUCCCAGUCCCCAACAUCCUGGACACUACCAGAUGGCAGGAUACCCCGGCCCUCACACCCUCCCCUCGGUGCCCAGCGCCCUGUACCCGCCACAGGCCACCAUGCUGGACACACACCAUGCGCACACACACCCCCGCCACCACGUCCACACACACUCUCAGCACCUUCCCGUUCCGCAUGGACAAGACAUGGCACUAUGGGGCUCAGCGAUGGAGGACAGGGCAGUAGACAUGCAGCAGUGUGUAGGCCAGCAGUGCCUGUUUAUGGAGGAACAGCUGAUGAUACAACAACAGCAGAUGGAGGAGGACCAGAGGUGGCUGGAGCAGGAGGAAAGGCUGCUGAAACCAGACUCUAGAAGCUCUAGAGGGAGUCUGGACAGAGAAGACGGUGGACCUCAACCACCGACGGGAAACCAGCACAUAUACCAGCCCGUUGGGAAAGCAGAGCAUGCAGCUCCCCCAAAGAAGCCCCCCCGACCCGGAGCCCAGAGCAGUCUGGCCUGUCUAAACACCGGAGACAGCUACAACGAUGGAGUCAAGCCCUGGCGGCUGCAGCCUCAAGAGAUCAGCCCGCCCCCCACCGCCAACCUGGACCGCUCCAACGACAAAGUGUACGAGAACGUGACGGGAUUGGUCAAAGCUGUGAUCGAGAUGUCGAGCAAGAUCCAGCCAGCUCCUCCAGAGGAAUACGUUCCUAUGGUUAAGGAUGUGGGUCUGGCGUUGAGGACACUGUUGGCCACAGUGGAUGAGACUCUACCACAGCUUCCAGCCAGUACACACAGAGAGAUCGAGAUGGCACAGAAGCUCCUGAACUCUGACUUGGCCGAGCUGAUUGGGAAGAUGAAGUUAGCCCAACAAUAUGUGAUGACCAGUCUGCAGCAGGACUAUAAGAAGCAGAUGUUGACAGCGGCUCACGCUCUUGCAGUUGACGCCAAGAACCUAUUGGAUGUCAUUGACCAAUCAAGGCUCAAAAUGAUGUCCCAGUCCCGCCCACACUAGCCCUAUGACAGCUGAGCUGACCAACAGGACUUGGUCUAUUAUUUAAAAGAGAAAGCAUCAUUCUGGUAACUGUUAUCAAUGGAGAAUUAGAGUUACGUCAAGUGAGAGUUAUCGGAGCUGACUGCUUUAUGUCAAAGGAGAACGGCUCUGAUCUU